UUUCAACGAACGAAUCAAUAUCGCCGAUAGAUUUUGGGAUUGACCAAUUACGGUCCACUUUACUGCCAAGUGCGGGAUUACGUUUCCACGACAAUGAGUUACAAACAAAUGAAAGGUAAACGGUAUGAAAUUUGUCGCGCAGGUUUAGAAAUACGUUAGUGAAUCCCUUGUAGACGAUCGAGCUGCCUGAACGAAAGAGUUCGGAAAUUAUGGCUCCCAUGAGCCAGAGACGUAACAUGUUGCACAACCAUCAUCAAAGGAUGGUCGCGCAACUUCGGCUCCACGAGGAAAAGCGCGAGGAACAAGCCAAGCGCAUCAUCAAAGAGACGCAAAUUCAAGCCAACCUAAUCAGCGAGGAGAGGUUCGAAAGGAAAAGGUACUUGCGCAAGAUGCAUGAUGAAGAGUUCGAGAGGCAAACAGAGGAAGCUUACUUGAAGGCAGAGCAGGACAGAAUAUUCAAGGAGAAGCAAAUGGCACAAGAGGAGAGGAUGGCUAAGGAACUGGCCCGGAUCAGCUUUGAAAAGCUGAAAGACGAAAAAAUGAGACAGUACAUCAAAGAAAACAGUGUGGAGCUCCGUGAGUUGGAGGCAAAGCUGAAGUCUGCUUACCUAAACAGAGAAAGGGCAGCACAGGUAGCUGAGAAGCAGGCUAUGAAGUACGAGGCUAUGAAGGUGGAAGCUGAACUCACUCGUAAGAUGAGGGGCGAGCAGGAGCGGGCAGCGGUGGAGAAAGAGCAGCAGCAGCAGAGGCGCUACGAGGAGGUGAUGCGCUACCAGCAGGACCUGGAGCAGCAGCUGGUGGAGAAGGAGCGCGAGAGGCAGGAGGCCUAUGAGGAGUUUCUCAAGGAGAAGCUACUGGUGGAUGAAAUAGUGCGGAAGAUCUACGAGGAAGACCAGAUGGAGCGGCAGCUGCGGCUGGAGAAGGUCAAGGCCACAAAGAGGUACAUCGAGGAGUUCAAGAAGCAGCAGGCCGAAUGGAGGCGCAUGGAGCGGGAGAAGAUGGAGGAGGAAAACCGGCGCAUUCUGGAGUUCACCAAGUACCAGCAGAGAAAGGAAGAAGACCGGAUGGCCAGUGCUAGAGAGAGAGAGAAGGCCAAAGAAGGCCUCCAGAAGAUGCUGACUGAGAAGAUGGAGCUGGAGAGGCAGCAGCGUGAGGAGAUGGAGCGGGUGCGUGAGGAGCUCUACCUGGAGGAGCAGGCCGAGACUGCCAGACAGAAAGAAAUCGAGGAGAUGGAGCGGAGGAUCCGCCAGCGGCUGGACAUGCAGCGCACAUGCCAGGAGCAGCUGGCCUUCAGGCAGUUCCAGCGUCGGGCCCAGGAGGAGGAGGAGGAGACCUUCCGGCAGUCCAUGCUUGCCAAGUUCGCCGAGGACGACCGCGUGGAGCAGAUGAACGCACAGAGGCGCCGCCUCAAGCAGCAGGAGCACAGGCAUGCAGUCGAGAAGCUGAUCGAGGAGCGCAGACGCCAGUACCUGGCUGACAAGGAGUGUGAGGCUGAGGAGAGAGCGAUGGAGCAGGAGAGGGAGACCCUGCGCCGGGAGAUCAUCGAAGAGGAGAGACGGAGGCUCCUCAAACUCCAUGCCACCAAACUGCUUGGGUACCUGCCAAAGGGAAUUUUCAGGGAGGAUGAUCUGGAGCACUUUGACGAAGAUUUCAAAAGCAAUUUCAAGAAACGUCAAGCUGACAUAUUCUCCGAGGAGGGCUGGGGAGAGGACGAAUAAUACACAUUUACAGCUCAGGACCACUAGAUGGCAGACUUGAUUGAUUCAGUGAACUUUUUUAUCUUGGUAGUCCUUUGAGUUUUGGUUCAUGGUCAAAACAAGGAAUGACUCACAGUUGCUUUACAUGUUUUUUAAAAACCUGUAAAACAGUCAGAUAAACCUAAAUGCAAUUUUCUGUUUGUUUUAAACAUAAACCUCUAUCAUGCAGAAACAUAGCAGCGCAUAUGAUUUUUUUUUUCUUGAUAAAUGUGAAGCUGUUUAAUAUACAUUUAUGGGCCAUGGUCUUUAUUAAAACCUGUGCAGUGUUUGAAAAAAUGUAUAGUAUGUUCUAUUUCAUCAGACACAUUAUUUCAGUACAACAGUUCAACUACAAAAUUGACAAGGGCUGCUCACAUGAAGGCCCGUGGCACCAGACCUCUCUGCUGCAGGAUUCCAGUCUGAGGAUAAUCUUAUGGGAGUCCAAAGUCACAUAAGCUUGUCCUGGCUUUUCCUGCACUGUACACUGACACCCAGGAUAUGCAUCUUAUCUGGUAGCCUCUGAGGUUCUGAAUGAGUUUGUGAGGCUAAAGGUGAGUCCCAGGUACAUGAUGUAUUAAUAACCAUUAUCUCUCAAAAAUCACUCAAAAUGUACCACUGCUGACUCUGUGAUAGGAUGACUGAAUUAAACACAAUUCUACCUCUUC